GUGCAGAUGGCCAGGGCGUGCUGUGCAUGUUACUGUGCAAGCAAUUCAGCAGGGCUGCUGCAAAACCAGCUUUCUCAGCUCUGGGUGCUCGGGCUUGUCUCCAUAACAAGCUACCAUGUAACAAACAGAUCUCAGCAGGGUGAACAACAGUUGCAAAAAGUGAGCUGUUUCCUUCAUCCCCACCCUGCUCCCUUCACUCUCAAAAGUUACAAACUGUGAGUUUCCUUCCUGAUAAACUCCAAGGCUUCCUCACUGAUUGGUCUCAGUUUGGAAAAGGACGUGACAUCAGCAACUUCGCAGACUUAGGGCUGGAGGGUUCUUGUGGCCUCUGGGCGGGCCUCCAGCCAGUUAGACCAUUUGACCAGGACGUGUGCAGCUCAGCCAGCCACAGAACUGGAAUUUUUCAGGAGCAGGGGGAGCAUGGAGUUUGGACUUUGCUGAGCAACUGAAGUGGAGCGCAGAGCUUGCUCGCUUAGGAGAGAGCAUCAUGGAUGGCAAACAAGGGGACAUGGAUGGGAGCAAGCCCGCGGGGCCAAGAGACUCUCCUGACAUCAGGCUUCUUUCAAACCCAUUGAUGAGUGAUGCUGUGUCUGAUUGGUCUCCUAUGCAUGAAGCUGCAAUCUACGGACAUCAGCUGUCUCUGAGGAACCUCAUCAGCCAGGGGUGGCUUGUGAACAUCAUUACGGCAGAUCAUGUCUCCCCACUCCAUGAAGCCUGUCUCGGAGGUCAUCCCUCUUGUGUAAAGAUUUUAUUAAAGCAUGGAGCUCAGGUGAAUGGUGUGACAACAGACUGGCACACUCCACUGUUUAAUGCUUGUGUCAGCGGCAGCCGGGAUUGUGUGAAUUUGCUUCUGCAGCACGGAGCCAGCGUUCAACCUGAGAGUGAUCUGGCAUCCCCCAUCCAUGAAGCUGCCAGGAGAGGCCACGUGGAGUGUGUUGACUCUCUCAUAGCUUAUGGGAGCAACAUUGACCAUAAGAUCAGCCACCUGGGCACUCCACUCUAUUUGGCUUGUGAAAACCAACAGAGAGCCUGUGUCAAGAAGCUUCUGGAGUCAGGAGCGGACGUGAACCAAGGGAAAGGUCAGGAUUCCCCACUUCAUGCAGUGGCCAGGACCGCCAGUGAAGAGCUGGCCUGCCUGCUCAUGGAUUUUGGAGCAGACACCCAGGCCAAGAAUGCUGAAGGCAAACGUCCUGUGGAGCUGGUGCCUCCAGACAGCCCUUUGGCCCGGCUCUUCUUGGAGAGAGAAGGUGCUUCUUUGCCAAAACCUAAGCCCUAAUCUGUUGACACCCCUUGAGGCUCUAGUGAAAGGGCCCCCUUCUUUGAUGCAGUUAUGCCGCCUUAGAAUUCGGAAGUGCUUUGGAAUCCAGCAGCAUCAUAAGAUAACCAAACUCGUCCUCCCAGAGGAUCUGAAACAGUUUCUCCUACAUCUUUAAAUGCAUCGAGGGAAUGGAUUCACAAACGACGUGAAAACAUUAUUGAGUGUUGUAGCCACUAGAAUUUUAAAAUCAAGUUGGGUUUAUAGAGUUUGACUAGUUUUUUUCGAUUAGAUUUGUAUUUGUUAUAAACUUGUUUAUAGAGUUUGACUAAUUUUUUUGAUUCAAUUUGUAUUUGUUAAACUCUGAGGCCAGAGUUGAAACACACUGCAUACGUUUCUACUAUUAGUUAGAAGGCCUGAAGACUUUUUUCCCUGCUUGGAGAGUGUCAUAAGUUAUUGUUUUGCAUAUCUACUGCAUGCCAAGCACAUUCUGCAUCAUCUAAUUUAGCCCUCACAGCAACUGGGUCAAGAUGUUCAGUUUUCCAGAGCAAGGAUAGAGGGGUCAGAUUCAAAUACAGGUUUUCUGAUGUUAACUUAGGUGAUGAUUUGAUCGAGGCAGGAUUUUCCAGCAUCACUAUCCUUGUUCCAUCUCUGCUCUAUGGGAAUGAGAAUAAAGAAAUGUAUUUCUUGGCUUGUCUAA